AUGCUCAGCAAGCUCGCAACGCUCGCCCUGGCGGGCACGGCGGCGGCCCUCCCUGCCAUCCACAUCACGGGUCAGAAGUUCUUCUACGAGAACGGCACCCAGUUCUUCAUCAAGGGUAUCGCCUACCAGCAGGACACGGCCGCCAUAAGCGACUCCACCGGCGACUCCAAGGGCUACAUUGACCCCCUCGCCGAUGCCGACAACUGCAAGCGUGACGUGCCCCUCCUCCAAGAGCUCGGCAUCAACACCAUCCGCACCUACGCCAUCGACCCCACGGCCGAUCACACUGAGUGCAUGAAGCUCCUCGAGGACGCCGGCAUCUACAUCAUCUCCGACUUGUCGCAGCCCGAGCUGUCCAUCCUGCGCGACGACCCCAAGUGGACCGUCGAGCACUUUGACCGCUACAAGGCUGUCGUCGACGAGCUCGCCCAGUAUGACAACAUCAUCGGCUUCUUCGCCGGAAACGAGGUAUCGGACGCCAACAACAACACCGAGGCCUCGGCCUUUGUCAAGGCCGCCCUCCGCGACACCAAGCAGUACAUCGAUGACAAGGACUACAACCUAGGUGUCGGCUACGCCACCAACGACCACCCGGACAUCCGUGACGACAUCGCCACCUACUUCAACUGCGGCGAUGAUGACGAGGCCACCGACUUCUGGGGCUACAACAUCUACUCGUGGUGCGGCGAGUCCACCAUGGAGAAGUCCGGCUACUCUGACUGGGUCGACUUCUACAAGGACUACAACGUGCCCGUCUUCUUUGCCGAGUACGGCUGCAACAACCCCGGUGGUGCCGCGAACCGCAAGUUCCAGGAGACCGGCGCCCUCUUCUCCGACGAGAUGACCGGCGUCUUCAGCGGCGGCCUCGUCUACAUGUACUUUCAGGAGGACAAUGACUACGGUGUCGUUGAGGUAAAGAACGACAAGGUCACCAAGAUGAAGGACUUUGACGCCCUCAAGAAGGCCCACGCCGCCGCCGACCCCAAGGGCGUCACCGAGGACGAGUACGAUGGCGCCCACAAGCGCGAGACCUGCCCCGCCAUCUCCAAGUACUGGAAGGCCAACUCGGUCCUCCCCCCGACCCCCGACUCCGAGCUCUGCGAGUGCGCCGUCGCCGCCUCCGAGUGCGGUGUCGCCAAGGGCACUGACGAGGAGGAGUUUGGUGACGUCUUUGCCUACAUCUGCGGCAACACCGAUCUGUGCCACGCCAUCAACGCCAACGGCACCACCGGUGUCUACGGUGCCUACUCCAUGUGCAACCCCAGCCAGCAGCUCUCCAUCCUCCUCGGCAUGUACUACGACUCCCAGAAUGGCGCCUCCGACGCCUGCGACUUUGACGGCGUCGCCACCACCAAGACCGCCAACGCCGCCAGCACUUGUGACAAGGCUCUCGCCUCCGCCACCGCCCACAACGAGAAGGUCGCCACCGCUACCAGCGCCGUCGACGCCUCCACCGAUGACGACACCGACGACGAUGUCGACACUGACGACACUGACGCUGACGACGCUGACUCUGCCGCCACCAUGGCUGGUGCCUUCUCCGUCGCCGCCUACAUGGCUCUUGCCAUCAGUGCUGGUGCUGCCAUGAUUGCCCUGUAA